GACUCCAGCGGACCCGGACACCUUCUUCACCCCGCCAUGGAGACCUCAGCGAAGAAGGAGCAGCAGCAGCCCGCGGAGGCCAAGAUCAGAAACCUGCCCUGGGUUGAAAAAUACCGGCCACAGACACUGAAUGAUCUGAUUUCUCAUCAGGACAUUUUGAGUACCAUUCAGAAAUUUAUUAGCGAAGACCGACUGCCACACCUGCUUCUCUAUGGUCCUCCAGGGACAGGAAAGACCUCUACCAUCCUAGCCUGUGCUAAACAGCUAUACAAAGAUAAGGAAUUUGGCUCCAUGGUCUUGGAGCUGAAUGCUUCAGACGACCGAGGAAUAGAUAUCGUUCGGGGACCAAUCCUGAGCUUUGCCAGCACAAGGACAAUAUUUAAGAAAGGCUUCAAACUAGUGAUCUUGGAUGAAGCUGACGCCAUGACUCAAGACGCCCAGAACGCCUUGAGGAGAGUGAUUGAGAAAUUUACCGAAAAUACCCGCUUUUGCCUCAUCUGUAACUAUCUGUCAAAGAUCAUCCCCGCCUUGCAGUCCCGCUGUACGAGGUUCCGAUUCGGUCCUCUGACUCCUGAACUCAUGGUUCCCCGCCUGGAACAUGUUGUAGAAGAAGAGAAGGUGGACAUAAGUGAGGACGGGAUGAAAGCACUUGUGACUCUUUCCAGCGGAGAUAUGCGAAGGGCUCUGAACAUUCUGCAGAGCACCAAUAUGGCCUUUGGGAAGGUGACAGAGGAGACCGUCUACACCUGCACUGGGCACCCACUCAAGUCAGACAUCGCCAACAUUCUGGACUGGAUGUUGAAUCAAGACUUCACGACAGCCUACAGAAAGUUGAAAACGCUGAAGGGGUUGGCGUUACAGGACAUCCUGACAGAGAUACACUUGUUUGUGCACAGAGUUGACUUUCCAUCUUCAGUUCGAGUACAUUUAUUGACCAAAAUGGCAGACAUUGAGUACAGACUUUCUGUUGGCACCAACGAGAAGAUUCAGCUGAGUUCCCUCAUAGCCGCUUUCCAGGUCACCAGGGACCUGAUCGUCACAGAGGCCUAAAUGCUGAGGACCAUUCGCCACCAUUCGCGGGCCCCACAGUGACUGGAGAAGAGGGGACUCUGACACGGGAUGAACUGCUGUGCGGGCUGGGGGAUGAAGCCAGUCACCCCACGUUUUGGAAAACUGUUCCAGACACGGGUGGGCAAAGGUUUAAAAAGUACCAUGUUUGUGUUUGGAGCAGGUAUAUACCAAACAGUUUUAAUAUACAGCUCUCUUAUUGCACUGCCCAUUUGUUUCACAGGAAAAGAGUAAAAUGCUUUCUUUUAGCCUUAAGGCUUUUUACCAUUCGAUUGCUUAGAUGGCAGGAAAUUGGCCUACCCCAUUUUGGUCUAGAACAAAAGGCUUCCAAAUCUCAUGUGGUACCAGUGUCUUCGAUUACUCAAGGUAAA